AUGACCCUGCGAGGAGCAGCUCAAGACUGGUUCCACACUCUACCGUCCGCGUCGAUAGGAAACUUCAAGGAGUUGGCCUUCAUCUUCACAAAGGAAUACACCUCCUACAAGACGGUCAGAAAGCAUGCAGACCAUCUGUUCAACCUGCGCAAAAAGCCAGACGAGUCUCUACGAGACUACCUGAGACGGUUUAAGGCUGAAAAGGCUAACAUCAUAGGAUGCAAUGACCAAGUUGCAUCCUCAGCUUUCAAGAAGGGCUUGCCAACCGAGCACGAGCUAUACCGGGAACUGGCCAUAACACCAAGUCAAACCUUGGCAGAAGUGUUCGCGACGGCAGAACGCUACGCACUUUGGGACGAUGAUCGAAUCGCCGCAAAGAAAGCCAGCAAGCAAGUUGAUCACCCGACGAAGCAGGCAAGCCAAAAGAGCAACCAGUUCGAGCAAAAAGCCCGAGAUAAGCGCAGAUCGCGGCCCCGAGAGGGAAGCUCAGAAAUUGGGACCUUUACUGAGUUCGCUAUCCCAAUUUAUCAGAUCCUGGCUCAAGUAAAGGACAAGCCGUGGGUGAGGAGACCGCCACCCAUGAAAGGAGACCCCUCUAAGAGGGACGCCAGUAAAUACUGCGCAUUCCACGGAGAGCACGGUCAUUACACCAACAAUUGCAAUGCUUGGAAAAGGCAUCUUCAAGAGCUGGUCAGAGAAGGUCAUUGCACAGAAUUCGUCGCAAAGAAGGCCAUCCAACAGAUCGAGGAUCGUGAUGCGGCUGCCAAGGAACCUCCCCAAAAGGUCAUUCGAAUCAACACCAUUCUAGUUGACUCUCAGGAGUCCGGGCUGACCACCAAGGAGCGCAAGAGGAAGAUCGCGCAUGCGACUUAUGUCUCCCAAGUCACAACAGGAAUUGAACAAGCUGUGAUCGAGCGAGUUCAUGUGGAUGAGGGCAGUGCAGCCAACAUCCUGCAACUAUCUGUCAUCCAACAGAUGGGAUUGGAGCCCAAGAUUAGCAAACUCGCCAGGUCGCUCACUGGCUUCAAUGGGGCCACAUCAAUCACUGUUGGACUGAUCGACCUUGACAUCCACUCACCCCCAGUAGUCUGCUCGCAAACCUUCAUGGUCAUCGACGAGAUCUCCCCGUACAACGGAAUCUUGGGCCGACCGUGGAUCAGCAAGAUCGAGGCCAUCACAUCUGCUCUACACCAGAAAAUUCGCUACCCCAUCCCUGGAGGCGGAAUCGGGCAGAUCAAUAGUGACCAAGCCAUGGCAAGAAGAUGCACAGCUCACGGACUCAAGAAGAGCAAGCAGUUGCAGUUCACACUAGUAAUGCAAGCUGCCAACGAGGCACGAAGCGCUCCCAGCAGACAAGCCAGCUCGAACGAGAAGGGAGCUGUUACCCCACAAUAG